AUGGAACUGAAUCCGCUGCACGUGGCCGCCAAGACCUCCGAUGUGGAGCACUGCCGCCGGCUCGUUGAGGACGAGGGCGCCGACGCCGGCGCCGUGAGUGGCAAUUUGGAUGCGACGGCGAUGCAUUGCGCGGCGUUGAACACGCUGAAUGGCAAGCAAGUCGUCGAAUACCUCACUUCGCUCGGACUUAAAGCGGACCUGAAAGACUCAGAGGGCCAGGAAGCAAUUCACUACGCAGUCAGGGCAAGGAAUUUCGAGGUGGCCAAGAAACUGCUCGAAAUCAAAAGCGGAGAAGGCACGGAGGAGGGGAAGAACAACCUCUUGCACUAUUUCGUGAAAGAGAACAACUUUGAAUUCGUCAAAAUCGUCCACGAGAGCGAAAGGAAAUUAAUCAAGGAGAAAGGGGAGUGUGGAAAAACGGCCUUCCACCUGGCGGCCCAGCACGCAGACCUGGAGGUGUGCAGGUGGCUCGCAGGGAACGGUGUCAACAUCAACGUCAGGGAUGACGAGAAGUGCACCGCAAUGCACUACGCAGCCCUCAGAGAGUCGGACCACAGGGAAUUCGUGCGAUGCUUCACGGGCCCUGGAACGGGCGCGCUCAUGUACACGCUGUCCAAGGGGAAGAUGAGUCCGCUUCACUACGCCUUCCAGCACGGCAGACGGGACAUGGCCGAGGAGCUGAUCGAGCGAGGCGCCGACCUGCGGGCGAUGAUCAUCGACCUGACCAACGUGAUGCACUUCUGCGUCAAAAUCAACGACCUGGACGCCGUGAAGAUGCUGCACGCCAAGGACGAGUUCCUCAUCUUCGAGAAAGGAAAGCGAGGCAGGACCGUGAUGCACCACGCGGCUAUGCACGCCGACCUCCAGAUGAUCCAGUGGCUGGACAAAAAUGACAUCAGUCUCACCGACAGGGACGUAUUCUCGUACAGGGCCAGCGUGCUGCACUUUGUGGCCUUCAACAGGCAGAGCAGACCAGAGUUGGAACAGAUCGUCAAGUACUUCGUACAAGGUGGAGUGGACGUGAACGGCCUCACCGGUAACGGAUGCACGCCCCUCCACUUUGCGAUCAAAGAGAAAAACCCGGUGGUCGCCGAGGAGCUGGUCAAGCACGGUGCCGAUUUGGAACUGGAGCUGAAAGACCUGAAUUUCCUCCACUACUGCGCUCAGCAGGACUUCCUCUUUGGCGCCAAACUCGUGCACAAGAACAACCCCCGGCUGAUCACCGGCAGUGACCCCACGGGCAGGACCGCCCUCCACAUCGCGGCCGAAUUUUCCGAUCUGGAAUUUUGCAAGUGGCUCGUGGCGGAGGACGCGGACCUCGUCAACGCCCUGACGAACAAGGGCAGCAACGCUCUGCACCUGGCGGCCAAAAACAGGAAACACGGAGGGGAGAUCGUCCGCUUCCUGAUUUCCUUGCACGUCCCGGUGAAUGGAAGAAACAAAUUCCAACUGGUGCCGCUGCACUUCGCCCUGCAGCACGGAAACACGGACGCUGCCCACGAGUUGGUCUCCCUCGGCGCUGACCUAACCACCAAGGUCGGAAACCUGCUUCACUUCUGCGCGUGGAAAAACAGUCUGGAAGGUGCGAAAUUCGUCCACUCGAACAACCCAGCGCUGAUUAAAGAACGAGGGGUAGGUGGUAAAAACGCCCUUCACAUCGCAGCGGAAUUCGCUAACGCAAAACUGUGCGAGUGGCUCGUCAGCCAGGGCGUCAACCCUCAGGAGCGAACCGGCAAGGGAGAAACAGCGCUUGAUCUGGCUACAAAGAGGCGCGACAAGGACGUCAGGCACUACCUCGAAUCGUUGGGUUUGAAGAAACGAGGAAUUCUCACCCGGUUGAUUUCCAAGAAUGAACGUCAUUACAGCCUUUGA